AUGGGAAACGAAUCGGAAGGAGCCUUUUUUUCCUCCAUCUCAGCAGAGUAUGAUUUCCUCAUGGGAACAUUUUAUGCCAUCUUUUGUGUGCUGUCCCUGCUGGGAAAUGGGCUACUGCUGUCUGUAGCCUACCGUAAGAGGUCGUCCCUGAAGCCGGCAGAGUUCUUCAUCAUUAACCUGUCCAUCAGCGACUUGUGCAUGACGGUCACCCUCUUCCCCCUGGCCACGCCCUCCGCGUUCGCCCACAAGUGGCUGUUCAAUGAGGUCACCUGCCAGUGCUACGCUUUCUGCGGGGUCCUGUUCGGUCUCUGCAGCCUCACUAACCUCACCAUCCUCUCGUCCGUCUGCUGUCUGAAAGUCUGCUUCCCGAACUACGGUAACAAGUUCUCGUCGUCUCACGCCUGCCUUCUGGUUCUGGCUUCCUGGUGCUACGCCUUCAUCUUCGCCGUGGGCCCUCUGGCCCAGUGGGGGCGCUACGGAGCGGAGCCGUACGGCACGGCCUGCUGCAUCAACUGGUACGCACCCGCAGUCGACGCAUCCGCCAUGACCUACAUCGUUUCGCUCUUCCUCUUCUGCUACAUAGUGCCCUGCACGGUCAUCUUCGUGUCCUACGCCUUCAUCCUGCUCACCGUGAGGGGUUCGCGGCUCGCUGUUCAGCAGCACGUGUCCCCUCAGACCAAGACCGCCAACGCCCAUGCGCUCAUUGUCAAGCUAUCUGUGGCCGUGUGCAUCGGCUUCCUGACGGCCUGGAGCCCCUACGCCGUGGUGGCCAUGUGGGCAGCGUUCAGCGCCCCGGGGCAGGUGCCCUCCAUUUCCUUCGCCUUGGCCGCAAUCUUCGCAAAGUCCUCCACCACCUACAACCCCAUCGUCUACCUGCUGUUCAAGCCCAACUUCCGCAAGUCGCUGUGUCGCGACACUGCGCACUUCCGCAGGCACCUGUGCCCCGGCAUCGUCUGCGGGAACGGCUCCGGGGCCUGCCGCUCCCCCAAAGAGCCCGGCCGGACCUCCCAGCGUAACCACGGCGACGUGAGUCACUCCACCCGUUUGUCCAACGGCCUGCCUGACAACCACGGGGCUUGUCAGCAUUGUGCAGAGGGCAGGGCUCGCUGCUUGGCCCCGUCCAAGAGGAUAGCUCGUGUCAUGGUGAGCUCCGCCCACGGCGAGGUCCCCGUCAGUCAGCUUUCCGACGGACUGCAGACCGACUUCCUGUAG